AUGUAUGUGCAUAGUGAUGUUGAAUUAGCGUACUUAGACAGUUGCUUUAAUGCAAUUGCAAAUUUUUCUUUUUUUUUGCCUUUUUCAGUGGCCCUGUCGACGAGAAAAAAAAAACACCCCCGCAAUACGAUAAAAAGUAAAAUUCUGAAGACCAGGAAAAGGAAAAGAGAUUAUGAUGAAGGUAUAGCAAAAGACAACGGCCUUCAUGUUAACAUAUAUAAGGAUUAUCUCAACCAACCGGACCUUCCGUACGAUGAAGACAAAAAGGGAGGAGGACAACAUAAGUGCUAUGCUUGCGACAUUUAUUUUAUAAAUGACGACGCCAAGAAACAACACGAAAAAACGAAGAAACACAAGAGGAGAGUGAAAAUUCUUAACAAAGAGACGCCCUACACUUAUGUAAAGCUCGUCAAAAAGGAUGCCCUGAAGGCUGCCGAGAUUUCCCUGUAA